AUGAGAUCGAUUAAAGACAGACACCUUAAAAAGUUCAACAAAAUCAAUGACAGAUUCAAUGAUGAUGCACAAACGGGUAUAGACAAGAGCAAAUGGAUUGUCAAUCUCUCCAACAGACAACUCACGACAGAAGAAACAAACCUUCUAUCAAAAGGAAUGAAUUUCUGUAUGACACCAGCUUCACUACCAAAGAAAGAAAUAGUUGCGAAAGUGGAAGAGGCAAUUAAAGAUCUACCAAAAGAAGAGGCAGACACAGUAAGAUCUAAAGUAAGCCUCACGCUACAGAAGAGCAAAACACCAAAGGACAAUUUGCAAAAAUCUGAAAGACUGUCAUUGAAAAAUCUAAAGAAGGACAAAGAUAUCAUAAUCCUACCGGCAGACAAGGGGAGAACAAUGGUUAUCAUGAUUACACCUGACUACAUUGACAAGAAAAUAGCAGACGAUGAAUGCAUGGAGGAAGUGACUGUGCAUUCUUUGAAGAAUGGCUCUCAAAAGCAUUAUUUUUCUAAUAAAAGUGAUGGUUAA